CUCCAAGUGAGAUUUGAGUAUUGCCACCAUCAAUUGCUCAUCAUGGCCACCGGACUCCAGUUUGUCAAGAAUGCAAUCGCUCAGCAUGCCGUGGUCGUGUUCUCCAAGACGACAUGUCCGUACUGUGUGAUGGCCAAGGAAGUGCUCAAGUCCACCGGCGCGACGUUCCACGUGGUGGAAUUGAACCGGAUGGGGGACGAACCCACGGGCGACGACGUGCAGAACGCGUGCUUUCAGCUCACGGGCCAGCGCACCGUGCCGAAUGUGUUUGUCAGUGGCACGUCCAUCGGCGGAGGAAGCGACACCAAAGCGUUGCACCGAUCCGGCAAACUCGUGCCGAUGCUGCGCGAAGCCGGCGCCUUGCCGUGAUGGACUUCCCGUGAGGUAAAUUUCCAGUUAACGUUAACACACCAAAUUCCUUCACGCACAAUUGACGUAUUCAUAACAGACAAGCAAUCAUAUAUAUAUAUAU